GGGUUCAUACUGUGUGCGGCAGUAUAUGGCUGUACAUGCUCUCUCACAACAUUGAGGAUUAUGAAGGUGCCGAGCUGUUCGUCGUUUGGAUUCUGGAGUUUCCUUAUGUUUUGUAGUCUGUUUGUUAGUGCAAAUGAUACCCACCAGGAAGAUGAUGAUGCAUGGAUCGAUCCAUAUGACGUGAUCAACUACGACUCAACGAGAAAGAGCAUGAUAAAACCCACAGAGAAGGGGACCACCACCUCUUCAAAUCCAGUAUGUCUUCCAGUAUUCAAGAGAUUCCUUUAUAGGCUCCUUGAAGAAGCUUCAAAACUUGGUCUGCCUGAUGAUGAAAAAACAUCCAUGCACUAUGAUGCUGAGGUGAAGCUGUCCAAGCAAUCACUGGCAGAGAUCCAGAAGCUUUUGAAUGAACAGAACGAUUGGACUACCGGAGCCAUGGAUGAGGCUCUCAGUCAAAUUCUGGUUAAGUUCAAACACCACAACCACGAAGCCUGGAAGUGGCGUUUUGAAGACACAUUUCAUGUGGAGGUUGAUACAGUCCUGAAGAUUUUUUUAAUCUUUCUGAUUGUUGUAGCCAUUAUCUGCACUGAACUCUGGUCUGUGGUGUCCUGGUUUGUCCAGUUUUGGAGAAUAUUAGCUAUUAGCUUUUUUAUGAGCUUGAUCUGGAACUGGUUCCAUCUUUAUAUGGUUGCCUUUGCAGAACACAAGAAAAAAAUUGUGGAAGUGGAGAGCUUCAGUGCCAGAUGUGCUGGGCUGAAAGAACUGGGCUGGAAGGACAAUUUAUUAGAGUGGUACAGACAGACAUGGACUCUUCAAGAUGAUCCUUGCAAAAAGUAUCACGAGGUCAUGUUGGUGGACCCCAUUUUGCUUGUGCCUCCAACAAAGGCUGUCAUAGUCACCAUAACUGGCUUCAUCACCGAUCCCUUGAAGAAAAUUGGGGAGGGCAUAAAUGAGUUCCUCAGAGCGCUGCUGAAGGAUCUACCAAUCACUCUACAGAUGCCUGUGCUGCUUCUCUUUGCAGUACUCAUCUUUGUGCUUGCUAUUGUAAUUGCUAAGGAAGCUAUACAUCAAAUAGUACACUUGCCCUGGCUUGGCUGGAGACGGGACCCACCAACUCCUGCGGUAGGACAGCACCAAGCUCCUCAACGUCUGGGAAGGGGGAGACGUCUGAGAAGGGGGAGACGCCCCACAGCUGCUACAGAUAGGCCAGGACAAUGGCGAAAGUGUGUAUCAAGCAGGAAAGAUGCUUAAGAUGCUUAUGCUCCACAAAAUAGACAGGACAAAGCAUGGGACUCCAAAAGGAAUUUGACUUCAACAGCACACCCAGAGGGUGCGGGUAGAGACUGUGCGUGCUGUAGGCCCUGUUUCCACCUGAUAUUAAGAUGCGUUUUGGUUGAUCGAAUCACAAGUGGAGGAGGGAGAUACAUGUUUCCUCCUGGUAUUUUAUGUCACUUCUGUCCUAAUUUCUUCGAGGGGAGGGGCUACGGGCGGGUAAAUGUAUUGUUUUUUUCAGAUGAACAAAAUAAGCUUGCACAAGAUAUAAUAUAACAGAUAACGGAAAAGCAUACAAAGAGCAGCUUAUCGUUUCUGCUCUGAUAGCCACAAGACCGGCCAAACGCUGUGAGUGUGUGUUAUAAAUCAGCAAUGGUGAAUAACAUUGUGAUUUGUACAUUUUUCAUCUUCAAACCAAACGGGUCUUCAGCUGACAAAAUUGAAAUCCCAUCUGGCUAUUGCAGUGGUGUGCACAGACCUCCGUGAGGGCAGGGGCGCAACCGCAUUCACGGUGGGGGGUGAAGGUUCUCCCUCAGUAGAAAUCGCAUUCUUCUUUUUUGUAACAUUAUAAUUGACUUCACUUUUGAUGAAAAGGAAAAUCAUGAGUUAACACCAUAGGGGGGUGAUUCCUAAGACAGACCUAAAGCAGACAUCCUUGUGAGAACUUUGUUUGACUUCUUCCCUUGAAUGUGUGACUGAAAUCCUCUCUGAAACCCACAGAGACUGCUUUUACAUAUCAAAAUACACCAGAUCAUCCAAUGCUAGAAGGACUUAUAAUCACAUGUUAGUAAACUGCAUAAUUCUAUAUUAUGUCUGCAACCUAUACAUGUUGACUAUUAUGCUUUAAUUCAUGCAUUUGUUACUUGAAUAGUUUAUUUGGAUGUGUAUUGUGUUUACUAUGUGUGUGAUUGAUUUUCCAUUUCUAAAAUUAUUGUAUGAAUCAAAUCUGUGUAAAAUGUAUUAUAUUUAUUUUAUCGAAAUCAUGUCAAAAUGAAACCCUGCUAUAACGGGAAAUUUAAAGAUCAUGUUUUCUUCUUUUUCUUAGUUUAUUUUCUUUUCCGUUGGGAGUCUUUCAUGAAAAUCCAUUAAAAUAGAACUU